AUGUCUGCGACGCCGAGGGCUGGAUCGGCUAGGCGCGGCUCGUGCGUGACCACCAGGCGGUUGCUAGGGGUGACGUCGUCCUUGCCGUUGCUAGGCAGUGCCACCUCGAUGCGCGAAUGGGAUUUGCCCGAGACGGCGGGUUUAUUUUUUGAACCCGGUAAUGCC